CAGCCCCCAGUGCGCUUUCAGCUCAGUUAUCUUCCUGUUUUGGUAGGACGUGAAGAAGAGGACAGCUGCAGACCUCCACAGUCCUUUUUCACGUUACAUCCGUCCAAAUCCACAAUCGUAGAACCGCCACGUACACAUCGCGAGCAUAUCGCACAACAUGGACUUCUCUAUCCGUGCAUCCAACGUGGAGGACUGCAAGGACAUCGCGCGGAUGAUCGUGGAGUUGGCUGAAUAUGAAAAAGUUGCAGAUCAUGUCAAAGUUACACAAAGAGACUUGGAGCAGGACGGAUUCUCCAAGAACCCGUUCUUCCAUGGGAUUGUUGCUGAGGUGCCAGAACAGCACAAAACCAAAGAAGGCCAUACAAAGAUAGGAUAUGCACUUUACUUUUAUUCCUACAGCUCAUGGUCGGGCAGAGCCAUUUAUAUGGAGGACUUGUACGUGAUGCCUGAGUUUAGAGGGGCGGGCAUUGGUAAAGCACUUAUGAGCAAGGUAGCUCAGCUGGGCAUGGCUGCCGGCUGCAGCCAGCUUAACUUCACUGUCCUGAACUGGAACAAACCAUCUAUGGACUUUUACCUCAGCCAGGGCAGCUUCGACGUCACAGCUGAUAUGGGCUACCAUUGUAUGCGCUGCGAAGGAGAGGCGUUGGAGCGCCUGGCCCAACCAUAAGCCAACACUGGACUCAUGACAGCAUGACCUUGUCAACCAUACGGACACAGAGUGUAGAGAGCACCACUCAUUGGCCCCGUUCCAAAACAAAACAUGACAAUGACAAUCGCCAAUUUCACUAAGGGCACAUUAUUUAAAUGAUUGACUGUUUGUUAAGCCCUGUCCCCCCUUUGUUACUGUUACCACGCCUAUCAAGUUUUUCAAGUUAGCACAGCACAUAUGCAGUUUACAAUAAUAACAUGGGGGAUUUACAUUACAUCUUUUUUUACAAUUCCACAAUAGGUCAUCUAUUUCUCAUUUGUAGCAUUGGACUGUCAAUUUUGUCGGCUGAAAUGACUGGCAGAUCUUAUAAGAUGCAGUAAGCUAGCAUUAGCUAAUUAGCCACAUUUUGAUUCUUCCCAGCUGACUCUCUUUAAACAGUCGUGUAAAAUAUGAGUACAAAUGAUGGCUACAUACAUAUUUUAACGCUAAAAGACUGAUGCUUAAGCUACAUGUCCAGGCAAAAAGUCAGUUGACGAGAUUUGCUGGAGUGAAAAUCUAAUUCAUUAAUGAGCAGGAUAGAAAUGCUAACGUUAGCCUAAACUCUGACGUAACAACAUUUUGGCUCCCAAACAGUCAACUUUGUUACUUCCCAUCUAUAGUAAGUUAGUUUGCCAGGUAUGCUAACGUUUGCAGCUUACAUUGGGGUUUUUGGUUUUGGUACGACAUAAAAAAAAAAAAAAAGAUUCUUCAAAUUCUGUAUACGAGGUAUCUUUUUACCACAGCCUCACACACACUAGUUCAAAAUGAAGCCUACUUGCUGUGCCUUGUUCCUGUUUGAAGAAGGGUUUAGCAAACAGUCAAUUGGGUUAUUAUCAAGUCAAGGAUGCAGUUUUAAGUAUUGGAAUGGGGCCUAUUUGCAAUAUAUUUAAAAGCGGCACUGAAAUCUGUGUUUUGUGUUUUUCCCUUGUGAUGUAUGACCCAGAGCAUUUUUGAUUUUGGUGUUAAAUGGAUCAGAUUACCCAACCUCUCUUGUGAAAAAUGUAAAAUAUAUGGACAUGAAAAAGGUAUGUGAGGAUUGUGCAUAUGUUUUUUUUUUAGAGAAAGUCCCAAUACAUCAUCUAGAAAUGAAAUAUUUUCUUUUUGCACAAAAAUCCAGAAAAACCUAACGCAUUGCAAAGCCAAGAUGUAUGUUUCAUUGUACUGUUUAACUGUUGAAAGGAGUGAGUUUAUGUAUGGUAAGUUAUCCCUUUAAAUAAUCAUAAACUAUGAUACCAG